CAAGCUGCAGCCCAGCCGGCCCUCUGCCCUUUCCUGAGCUCCGUGGACUGCACACACUUGGCAGAGGUGGCCGCCAUGAAGCUGGUCCUCCUCCUCGGCCUGAUGCUCCUCAGCUCUCAGGUGACGACUCGCCGCCACCACCCCCGGGAGAUGAAGAAGAAGGGCAGGGACCCCGCCAGCAGAGCUCCAGUGGCCUCCAGUCCCAAGGACUUCGCCUUUGACCUCUACAGAACCUUGGCUUCCAUUGCCCCUGGCCAGAACGUAUUCUUCUCCCCCGUGAGUGUGACCAUCAGCCUGGCCAUGCUCUGCUUGGGGUCCCGUGCACACACGAAGGCAGAGAUCCUGGAGGGCCUGGGCAUCCACCUCCAUCAGAGGUCGGAGGACCAGCUCCACGAGGGCUUCCGGCAGCUCCUGCUGGAGCUCAGCCAUCCCAGAGAGGGCUUCCAGCUGACCCUGGGCAACGCCCUCUUCACCGACCCCAUCAUAGCCAUUCAGGACAGCUUCGUGAGGGCCAUGAAGACGCUGUACCUUGCAGAGCCUUUCCCCGUCAGCUUUACAGACCCCGCAGCCGCCAUGAAGCAGAUCAAUGACUAUGUGGCCAAGCAAACCAACGGCAAGAUUGUGGACCUGAUCCAGAACCUGGACAGUACCCAUUUCAUGGUGAUCGUGAACUACAUUUUCUUUAAAGCUAAGUGGGAAACCAGCUUCAGCAUCAAAAACACCCAGGAGCAGAACUUCUACGUGACCCCGGAGACGGUGGUGCGGGUGCCCAUGAUGAGCCGAAUAGACCAGUUUGACUACUUCCAGGACCAGAACCUGGCCUGCAGAGUGGUGGGUGUCCCCUACCAGGGCAACGCCACGGCGCUGUUCAUUCUCCCCAACCAGGGCAAGAUGGAGCAGCUGGAGAACGGGCUGAAUGGGAGCACGCUGAGGAAGUGGCUGCGCAUGCUCACAAAGAGGGAACUCCGGCUUUACCUUCCCAAGUUCUCCAUUGAGGGCUCCUACCAGCUGGAGAAAAUUCUGCCCAGGCUGGGUAUCAGCGAGGUCUUCUCCUCCUUUGCAGACCUGUCUGGCAUCACUAACCACUCCCACACCCAGGUGUCAGAGAUGGUACACAAAGCAAAGGCAGACGUGGACGAGGCAGGAACCACAGCCGCCGCCGCCACGGGGAUCGUUUUCACCUUCCGAUCAGCCCAUCUGAAUCCUCCAAGGAUCGUGUUCAACAGGCCCUUCUUGAUGCUCAUCUUGAAGAACAUGAACAUCCUCUUCCUUGGGAAAGUGAGCAGGCCCUGAGGCGGGUGCUGCUCCUGAAUUCCACAGGCCUCCAUAGUGGACAGAGCUCACAGGAGAGCAAGGAGUCUGUGACGGGUCAUCUGUCUGCUAGUAGCUAGUGAUUCGCAUAGGUUUCAUCGCCUAAUGAGGUGUCAUCGACCGUCAUACACUGAUAGUUGCUUCCUCUGACAUACAUCAAGGAGACGUGAGUGGUUAGAACAACACUGAUCUUUCCCUUGCCUUUGGCCAGUGAAGAUGAGCACAGAGGCCUAGGCCCAGGCUCACACUGUACCUUAGUGGCACAGACAGACUUAGAAUCUAGGGCCACCGACGCUUUAUGCCAGAAUUCUGUGGAAGAGUGGGCCUAGUAGGCGUGAGCCACCAGGAAGGACCUGGUUAAGUCCGGUCCCCACCUACCAGCUAACAACUCUCAAUUCAUCAUGGUUUGGGAAGAACUCUGGAAUGAAGGUCUGGGAGGGUCUAGACAAUCCCAGCCUUGUCCAAUUGUGUGACAUUGGCAUAACACAGUCCAUCUCUAAGCCUGACUUUCCUCACCUAGUAGGAAGGAUCAAGAUAAGAAUCCCACCCUGGGAAACCUUAAAGGCUAUUCUAUGGCAGUCAUGGCUGGCUUUAGUCCACUCACAUGCCAUUCAUCCAUUAAGCGGAACAGUUGAGCAUCCUCUGUGAGCCCAUCAUGUUGGGAUCCAGUGUAGGUUCACGCCAUCCCUAGAAUGAUCUCUAUCAGCCACCAUCUCUCUCAGCUCACAGGCGGGGCCAAGGUGGGAGAAGAGAAGUCUUUUGUAGACAGUAGAGUAGCGACGUGACAGACACUGAUGACUAGCUUUCUGAAUUUUAGUUUGUAAUAAUAAAGCAUUUGCAAAGA